UCAUUGCACACCCCCACUGUCAUAUUUUUUAAAUGGAACAAAUUCCCAGCCUUGGUUCUCCUAGAACUUCCAACUCAUUCGUUUGAAUGAGGUGUCUUGGAAAGAUAAUUGGGAAGGAUUCAGGAGUGCGUGCUUUUUUUUUUAUCUGGUAAAAGUGUGUUUUUUGCUGUUUCUGAAGCAUCACCUUAUCGCGGCUUGUACACAAUACACAUUUUGAUGAUUCAGAGAACCGGAGCUUCCCAGCACAUUUUGGACCAGAAUCUGCAAACCCAAAAGUGUGUUUGUUUGUUUGUUUGUUUGUUUUUUUAAAUCUCUAAGCCUGCAUCAAACAAGUUGAAAAUCCACUCAGAUAUCUAGUUCAACGCCUCAACAGCCGACCUCGUGAUGGCCGGCAACAUUGUGUAUUCAGCUCAACCUUUGAGCCCAGUGGCAGGAGUGAGUUCAUCCCAAGUCCGUUAUUGAUCAGUGUGUGUUUACACGGGAAGCUGAGCAGUGCCCCGAUCCUCCAUCACAGUGGUUCAUAACACACAACCAUGGUGUCUGUAAUGAUACAACGGGGAGCCCUCAAUUCUCCCAGCUGCACGCUUCUUGUUGCUCUGAGUUUGGUGCUGAUAAGUGAAGUGUCCCGAGCAGCAGCCAGCGAUGUGGAGGCCGGCGUCCGCCAGGCUCGAUCGGUGGGUGCCCCGGUGCUGGUUCACCCAGUGGACUGCGUGCUGUCCCAGUGGACCUCGUGGUCCAGCUGCGACAUCUGCCAAAAAAAGAAAUUUCGCUAUGCGAAGCUGGAGCAGCCAUCUCAGUUUGGAGGGGAACCCUGCUAUUUUCAUGGCACUGAAGAGGAGGCCUGUGAGGUUCCAAGCCAAUACACUUGUGAAAACAUACCCCUAUGUGAGGGAUUCCUCUGCACCCAAACAGGCCGCUGUGUCCACAGAACCCUGCAGUGCAACGGGGAGGACGACUGUGGGGACAUGUCGGACGAAGCUGGCUGCAAGAAGGUUUCCAAGCCCUGCAGGGAGGAGGCAGAGGAGUACUGGGGAAUAGAAAACCUUGCCAAAGGAAUAAAUGUCUUGAACAGCAACCUUGAAGGUGUGGUCCUGGAUAAUAGAUACUAUGCAGGCGGGUGCCUGCCUGACUAUGUCCAGAAUAUAGCAUUCAGGAAGCCCUACAACUUACAGCAAUAUACGUUCCAGACAAAAGGCUCAUAUGAUUUCACUAUGAAGUCUUUUUCGUCCUACUCCUCAUACAUGGACUUCACUUCGAGAGAGCGCACAUCUAAAACCUCUUUCUCGUUCGGCAUCGCAGUUCCGGGCGUUUUUGAGUUUGGGUUCAGUUACAGUGACUCCAAGUACAAAAAGUCUGUUCAGAAGACCCGGCGGGCCUCUGGAACUACCAACAGUUUUAUCCAUGCAAAAGCCGUGCUGGAGCUGGCCCAGUACAUGCUGAAGCCGGACGACCUGGUGCUUCACCCAGAGUUCCUGCAGCGCCUCCGAGCCCUGCCGCAGUCCUACGUUUAUGGGGAGUACAGACAGAUCUACAGAGACUAUGGGACCCACUACAUCAUAGAGGCCACGCUCGGAGGAGAGUUUGAGCACACCAUCAUCUUGGACAAGGAGAAGCUGGAGAAGUCAGAUUAUUCUUUGGAAGACUACAAGAACUGUGUGCAGGCGGGCAUAAAGGCCGGGGCGAACAUCUACGGCGUGUACGUGUCGGUGUCGGCAGAAGGUGGAUCCUGUGAUGGGCUGCUGAACGAAAUGGGAGAGGACACAAAAAGUGGCAGCAUGGCGGAGGACUUUGUUGCGGUCGUAAAGGGCGGAACUAGUGAAUCCAUCACAGCUCUGUUGUCAAAAAAGCUUCCCACCCCACAGCUGAUGAAGCUUUGGGGCGAAGGUGUGCGCUACAACCCCGACUUCAUUCGCAUGACUACGAAGCCCCUGUUUGAGCUGGUGACGUCUAGAGACUUCGCCUUUCACGCGAUCCUGAAAAGGAACCUGAAACGCGCCCUGACGGAAUACCUGGCGGAGUCCAGCGCGUGCCGCUGCUCUCCUUGUCUCAACAACGGAGUCGCCGUUUUGAAAGGCACCAGGUGUGAGUGUGUGUGCCCCAUGGGCUACACUGGAAAGAGAUGUGAGAUCACCCACAGGAAAAAAGUGGUAGCUAUUGAUGGCAGCUGGAGCUGCUGGGGAGGGUGGUCCUCCUGCGGCGGAGGGACGAUGACCAGAACCCGACAGUGUAACAACCCGCCGCCGAGCACGGGAGGAGCGGCAUGCUUUGGCCUGGAGCAAGAGUCUACUCAAUGCUUUUAACAUCUCUGAUCUCAAAGAUGCCAUAAAGAUUGAUGGAGCGCUUUUGAACAAAUAAGCAUCGGUCUGUUGUGUGUCUUUUGCUGUAUCUUCAGCCACCCCCCUGGUUUUAUUUUAGGUGUUAGUCACCAAGAACUCAGUUUUGCUUGUUAAACUUCUGAAGUGGUCACAGUCUUCCAGUUCCAGUUCUCCAGGCUUUCAGAAGGCCUUUCCAGGUUUUUUUCUUUGGGCAUUGAACUGUCUAUGAAAAGGCCUCAAGGCCUGUUGAGUCUACACAUGAAAUGCACCGCAACACGGAGUCAGAACCAGUUUGCGUAUCAUUUUUAGGCGUUUAACUGCCAGCAAUCUGCUGCAAAGGCUUCUGCGUCUGUUCCCACUUCUGAAGUUGCAUCAAUACAAAAUGCGAACGAUAGCUGGUAUGAGUUAUUACUCUUUAGACAAUAAGCCAAACCACAAAACAAGAACAACAAAAAAACACAGAUGUGGGGACUCUACAAGCAGACAACUAAAUUAAAAACAUCUACAUCAUUCAAAAAUAAUUCCUUGAAAAAAUUAUGAAAAGAAACAGCAAAGUCAUGCCACGGGAAACCGAGACAUCCAGAGGCAUCCAGACCCCUCAACUGGUUCAUCUCCAGUUCAGGAAAUCUUCUUUUCGGAAAAAGUUUCUACUGAUAAAAAAGAAAACAAAACUGCUAACGUCCCAGAAAAAAAUCUUCCUGAAUUCCUGAAGACUACCGGAAUUUUCAGACUAUAGGUCGCACUAUUUGACAUCUUUUGUCUGGGGGUGCGACCUAUACGCCAGGGCGACUCAUGAAUGAAAAAUAUACCGGUAGAUUCUCAAUUAUUUUACCGUGAUAACACUAUUUUACGUGACAAAGUCCGUCUAUGUUUCAAAAUGGCCACCGGAAAUGGAAAUGCAAUGCAUCAUGGGCUCUACAUUACAACAAAAUAUUAUCAUCUGAAUUUUUUGUAUUAACAAACCUGUACGUCCAUGCGACUUAUAGUUCAGUGCGACUUAUUUAUGGUUUAUUUUUCUUUAUAAAGCAUGAAGUAGCUGGUG